AUGAAGAAAGUUGAUAGACCUUGGCCGUUACUAAAUCAGGCCGAGUUAGAUCAAUCUCGAUACUGUGCAUUCCAUGAUGGACUGGGGCACACAACCGAUGAAUGCUGGGAUUUAAAAGACGCAAUCGAAAGGUACAUCAGGGAUGGCAAGUUGCAUCAAUACCUUAUAAGAACCCAAGGAUGGAAGAACAACAGGAAAAGGAAAGGUCGGCCAUUGAGCCGGACGAAAGAAAAAAGACUGAAGGAGGAAAACCGAGGUAAGAAGCCGGUCAGAGAAGAAGAUGAGUUCGUAGAACCAGAGUUCGAAUGUAACGUGAUCAGUGGAGCCUUUGGUGGAGGAGGUGACACGAUGAAUGCUAAGAGGAAAUACCUAAGGGAAGUGAUAUCAAUCCAAGGGCGGCCCAAGUUCAAAGAAGAACCCAAACAACCAGAGCCACUGUUGCUAUUCUUUACCAAAGAAGAUCUAGAAGAUGUAAUGCCAAGACAUGUUGAUGGACUAGUCAUAACAGGGAUGUUAGUCAACUGUCGAGUCAAGAGGAUCUUUGUUGACAACGACAGUUGCGCUGACAUAAUUUUAUGGAAGGCAUUCAAGAAAAUGAACCUAGAUGAGGAGGAUCUGAAGCCUUGUAAAACGACCUUGAUAGCAUUCAAUGAGCAGAAUACCUCCCCUAAAGGAUACAUCGAUGUCAAACUUACUCUCGGGUCAAAAGAGGCAUUCAAGAUCGAAAGGGUACGAUUCAUCGUAGCCGACUUCCUCUCAGAGUAUAAUAUGAUAAUGGGAAGACUAACUAUCCAUAAUUGGGAUAUGUUGGUCUCUACCAAGCAUUAG